CAGAGCCCGAGUCGCACGCUGCGCAGAGCCGGCCGCGCCAUGAGGGAGAUCGUGCACAUCCAGGCGGGCCAGUGUGGAAACCAGAUCGGCACCAAGUUCUGGGAAGUGAUCAGCGACGAGCACGGCAUCGACCCGGCCGGAGGCUACGUGGGGGAGUCGGCGCUGCAGCUGGAGAGAAUCAACGUCUACUACAAUGAGUCGUCGUCUCAGAAAUAUGUGCCCAGGGCAGCCCUCGUGGACCUGGAGCCAGGCACUAUGGACAGUGUGCGCUCAGGGCCUUUUGGCCAACUCUUCCGGCCAGACAACUUCAUUUUCGGACAAACCGGUGCGGGAAACAACUGGGCGAAAGGCCACUACACUGAGGGUGCAGAGCUAGUGGACUCGGUGCUGGAUGUAGUGAGGAAGGAGUGCGAGCACUGUGACUGUCUGCAGGGCUUCCAGCUCACCCACUCACUGGGUGGGGGCACUGGCUCGGGCAUGGGCACACUGCUCAUCAGCAAGAUCCGCGAGGAGUACCCCGACCGCAUCAUGAACACCUUCAGUGUCAUGCCAUCACCCAAGGUGUCAGACACAGUGGUGGAGCCAUACAAUGCCACCCUGUCCGUGCACCAGCUGGUGGAGAACACAGACGAGACCUACUGCAUUGACAAUGAGGCGCUAUAUGACAUCUGCUUCCGCACCCUCAAACUGACCACCCCCACCUAUGGUGACCUCAACCACCUGGUGUCUGCUACCAUGAGCGGUGUCACCACCUCCCUGCGCUUCCCUGGCCAGCUCAAUGCUGACCUGCGCAAGCUGGCUGUGAACAUGGUCCCUUUCCCCCGCCUGCACUUCUUCAUGCCCGGCUUUGCUCCGCUGACAGCCAGAGGAAGCCAGCAGUACCGGGCCCUUACGGUGCCAGAACUGACCCAGCAGAUGUUCGAUGCCAAGAACAUGAUGGCGGCCUGUGACCCACGCCAUGGGCGCUACCUGACUGUGGCCACAGUCUUCCGGGGCCCCAUGUCCAUGAAGGAGGUGGAUGAGCAGAUGCUGGCCAUCCAGAACAAGAACAGCAGCUACUUUGUGGAGUGGAUCCCCAACAAUGUCAAGGUGGCUGUCUGUGACAUCCCUCCUCGGGGCCUCAAGAUGGCCUCAACCUUCAUUGGCAACAGCACAGCCAUCCAGGAGCUGUUCAAGCGCAUCUCGGAGCAGUUUUCUGCCAUGUUUCGAAGGAAGGCCUUCCUGCACUGGUUUACCGGCGAGGGCAUGGAUGAGAUGGAGUUCACCGAGGCUGAGAGCAACAUGAACGACUUGGUGUCCGAGUAUCAGCAGUAUCAAGAAGCUACGGCCAACGAUGGGGAGGAAGCUUUUGAGGAUGAUGAGGAGGAGAUCAACGAGUAGCCAAGGUGCUUGUCUCAGGUGCAGAUGUUCUUUGGUUGAUGUGAAUGAUAACUCUAGUGGCUGCACAGCACACUGGUUUCAGUGGGCCCCUAGGGUCCUUCCAUGCAAUUAAAUUGAAUUAUGUGGAAUUAAGAAAGUACCUCAGAAUAACAG